AUGGCCCCCGAAUUACGCAAGAGAAAGUCGAAGCCGGUCGUGGCGGAGCCCGAGCCUGUCGCAAAAAAGAGCAAGGCAACGAAAAGCCCCAAGGCUGAGAAGCGGAAAGCUCCCGAAGAUGCUUCGCCCGUUGCCGUGAAGAAGCAGAAGCCGACCAAGGAUGUCGCCAGCAAGAAAGUCGCUACCCCUGCGGAGAAGGCGGCACCGAAGAAGUCGGCGCUGAAGAAGGAGAGGCAAUCCCCGAAGGCCAAGGCUGCGGCAGAGAAGUCGAAGAAAGGAGAAGAGUCAGAGGAGGUGCAGGACGGCGAUGUGCUGUCCGAAGCAGAGGAGGAGGAGGUUGACGACGACACCAAGGCUCUUGUCCAGGCUCUGGACAGCGGCGACGAGGACGAGGCGGGGGCGCAGGUCAGCACAUUCAAAAAGGGUCAGGAUGUCGGCAAAGUCCCCAAGGCGAAGAAGUCGACAAAAGCUCCCACCAGCAGUAGCAGCGGCACACCGGGUGUUAUGUACCUCGCGAGAAUCCCUCACGGUUUCUACGAGCACGAGCUGCGGUCUUACUUUGGCCAAUUCGGCGAUAUUACAAGGCUCAGGGUUGUGCGGAACAAGAAGACGGGCGCCAGUCGCCACCGGGCCUUCGUCGAGUUCGCCGACGCCGAGGUGGCCGACAUUGCCGCCCGCACCAUGGACAAAUACCUUUUGUUCGGGCACAUUCUCUCGGCGAAAACCGUGCCGCCCGCGCAAGUGCACCCAGACCUGUUCAAGGGCGCGAAUCGCCGCUUCAAGGUGGUCCCAUGGAACAAGAUGGCCGGCAAGCAGCUCGAGCGGCCGCUGUCCGAGUCCCAAUGGCAAGUCAAAAUUUCCAAGGAGGAGCAGAGGCGGGCUGCUAGGGCCGACAAGUUGAAGGAGAUGGGUUAUGAGUUCGAGGCUCCGGCACUCAAGGCUGCCGAGGCCAAGCCAUUGCUGGAGAACGGCACCGAGGAGGAACCCAAAGCCAUCGAAGCGCCUCCUGCCACCGAGACAGCCGAGCCCAAGGAGGAAGAGGAGGUUGUCGAGGCGGAAGUGGUCAAGGCCAAGACCACAAAAUCCUCGGAAGAUGCCACCCCGCAAAAGAAAAAGGGCAAGAAGGCCAAGAAGACGAAGUCAUGA